UAGACAUCCGGUAUGUACCGAAACUUAGAAAUAAAAAUAUAAUUUAGUUAAAUUAAUUGAAGAUCGUAGUUCUAAAGUAAAUAAUUAUUAGGUAUGGCCGACACAACUACGAAAAAGGCUGCAAAGCCUCUAGAAAAAAAAACUAAAGCACCCAAAGGUGAGCCUGUUGCAUUGAAAAGGCGACCUUUUAAACGUCAUGGAAGACUUUAUGCUAAAGCUAUUUUCACUGGAUACAAACGAGGUCUCAGGAAUCAGCAUGAAAACACAGCUCUCUUGAAGGUUGAAGGUUGUGGUACCAAAGCCGAUAGCUGGUUCUAUGUUGGUAAACGAUGUGUAUUUGUGUACAAAGCUAAGAACAAGACCUGCGUACCCGGCAAACCAAAGAAGGUUAAAUCAAAAGUACGCGCUAUUUGGGGCAAAGUAACACGGCCACAUGGAUGCUCUGGUUGUGUUCGUGCCAAGUUCCACAGAAACCUUCCAGCAAAAGCAAUGGGUCAUCGUGUUCGUAUAAUGCUGUUCCCAUCCAGAAUAUAAGGCAUAGGAUUCAUCUUUUGUUAUAAAUUAUAAAAUAAACCCUAUAAAAAAAAUUA